CAGAACUAACCAAACCCCUGGACAUCUCAGUCUCGGCCCGGUCCUGCUGUAGCACUCUUUGCUUGUCUGGUUUGUUCGACUGUUUACUCUCUGCGGUGUGUGAUCGCUAUCUUCACAACCAUCUUCACGAUGCCAAUUUCCAAAAUGAAUACUAUUACUUUUGUCGUUCCCUUGACUCGGAACGACUUCAGCCACUCAAUCGGCAGCGAGGACAGCAUGACCCCGCCGAGGCUUCCUCUCACGCCCAUGCCUCCCAAGCUAACUGCUGUCUACUCGGCGGUGUUCGAUAGCGAGGACGAUAUUUACUCGGACUACAGCGAUAGCUUCCGCAGCAACAGCAGCAACGACCUUAGUUUUGACAAACGGUCCAUCACCCCUUCGCCACUAUCCUUAAAGCCCCCCAGCUCCGAAGGAAAGAAACCCUCAUCACUCAUCACCAUCGCUGUGGAACGUUCCCGAGCCGCAGCCUCCGUCACGGCGGCCGUCACGGCCUCUAGCCCAACCUCCAGCACGACUUCCAGCAGCUCGGACUGGGAGAGCUACUUCACCGAUGACGAGGCCGACAAGACUGAUAGCGACGGCGACUACCUGCCGGUCGCUCAGAAGGUGGCCGCGGCCUUCAUAAUCGACAACCGGCCCAUGUCACGCUCAGCUGCUGAAUCCCUAACCAAUCUACUCGCCGAUCUCAAGAAAAGCGACGAUCGGUGCCGACGCGUCCGCAAGCAACCACCCCGUUUACCAGCAACCCGCAUCAUCAACGCCAUCUGCAAGAACAUCGCCACCAACCUCGAGUGGUACGGCAACACGGCCGCCCGCCUACAAGUCAACCACGCGCAGAACCAACAAGAACAGCAGGAGCAACGACACCAAACCACCACCAACGCCCCUCCACCCAUCCCUCCCCGCCCCAGACCCAAACUCACCCCCAAGACCAACACCUCCCCCUAUCCCACCUCCCCCAGCAACCCCCGCCCCCUCCCCUUCCGCACCACCACCCACAACAACCCCCCCAAAUCCCCCAUCCAAACCCCCUCCUUCUCCCAACACCGCCGCCACAACCACCACCCCACCCCUCCCUUCCCAGCCCCCCGCGGCGGCGGCCCCGCCACCCAGACCGCACCCAUCCCCAUCCCCCCCAACGCCGCCCAGCGCGCCGCCCAGCGCAUCGACACCGAGUACUACGCGCUGCCCAUGGACCAGUCGCUAGUCAAUGAGCGGCGGCAGCUGGCCGGGGCGGGACCGCUGGGGAGGGGGGAGAGGGCUCGGCCCGGGAGGGGUACCUACCUCUGUCCAUGA